AUGAUGUUGUCGAAGAAUCACAUUCUGGUGUUGUUUGCCUGGUUGAUGUUGGAGUUGGCUACAGCACUCACUGUACCUGACAGAUCUCUUCAGAAUGCAUUGGGUUCAGCCAGGACUAGAUGGCGUCGGGGUGCAGGACGCAAGUGCACGCUGCCCCCCCAGCCGGAGCACGGGAGCUACAACAUCACCGGGGGCACCAUCGUCGGGGGCAAGGCCUCCGUGAUAAACCUCUUGUACAGCUGCGACCAGAGCUACGAGAUGGUCGGCGAGCCGGCGGUCUUCUGCUGGGGCGGCAUCUGGAACGCGCUGGAGCUGCCAAAAUGCGUCCAGGCGUGCAAGCUGGUGAAGCAUCGAAGCGUGCAGUACAACUGCAUCAUCAGCGGCACCGACAACACCAGGGCCUGCAAGGACGUGGAGGUGGAGGGCACCGUGAUACAGCCGACGUGCAACAAGCCCUACUACUACACGCCCCUCGAGCUGCCCUACAUGGUCUGCAAGCGGGGCCAGUGGAACGCCUGGUCCACGUGCAUACCAGAGUGCGGGAUCUUCAUCGAGGAUGUAGAGACCGGUGUGGUGCCAUGGCAGGCGGCUAUCUACUACAAGGACAAGGUCGCAGCGAGCCACGAACACGUCUGCAGCGGAACGCUCAUAAGCAACUCUGUCGUGCUGACUGCCGCCCGCUGCUUCUGGGACGAGGGUCUGAAGGAGAUAAAGGAUGAGUCAUAUUACGCGGUCGCCGUGGGCAAGCUGAACAGCGAAUGGGAGCACCCCGACGAUGAGGUGCACGCGCAGAAAUCGGACGUGAAGAAGAUCGCCGUCCCCUCUGGGUACAGCGGCCCCGACGGCGAAGGUGACCUGGCCGUGGUGGUGGUCUCGCGCGCGUUCGAUUACGCGCUGCGAGUGCGCCCCGCCUGCCUCGACUUCAAGCGGGAGAUGCUCGAGCAGCACUUGAGCGGCGGCAGCGUGGGCAAGACCGCCAGCUGGGCGGCGGUCAACGAGGUCUCCAACGCGACCAGGCUCCGAACCCUGGACCUCCCGUUCGUGUCGAAGGGCGACUGCACUACACGUGCGUCUGAAGACGGCAAGUUCUGCGCGGGAUUCCCCAACGGGCCAGCGUUGUGCGGCGCCGACAGUGGCAGCGGUGCCACCUUCUCCGCCACCAUCCAGAACACCACCAGGCAGUACCUGCGCGGCGUGGCCGCCGGCCCCUGCGGAGCCCUCACCACCUUCACCGCCAUCACGAAGCACCAGCACCUGAUCAAGACCUACUGGUUCCUG